UCCCGCGCGGGGCUCGGCCCCCCCGGAGCGCGCCGGGAGCGGUUGGAGUCCCGCAUGGCCCGGAGCUCAACUGCGCUACUGCUGUCGCCUCUGAUGCUCCUGCUGCUGGCGACCCCGGCGCAGGUCUCCCCCGACUACCAUUACUUCGGCGAGCGGGGCAAAGGCGACACUUGGGAGCAGCUGCGGCUGCAGCUUCUGGGGAAAGACGCAGAGGACUCCAUCCUUGGCCCGUGGGGAAAGUGGCGCUGUCUGUGCGACCUGGGCCAGCAGGAGCGCAGCCGCGAGGUGCUGGGCACAGCGCCAGAUCCAGUGUUCAUGGACCGCGAGGACCUGGUGCAGGUGCUGCCCUGCCGGUUACGCGAUUGUUCAUCCUGCAAGCCAAUGGACUGCGACUGGAGGCCCUGA